GAGUUCUAACUGAACAACAGUCACGAUUCAGUGUCCGCAUCAGCAUUAUUACUCUGUCAGUGAAUUUGUUUUAUUUUUAUUUUUUAUUUUUAAUCUUGUUUAUCUUAAUUUUUCAAAAAUUUAAAUAAAAAAAAACGAAACGAAAAUUUGUGAUUAUUUUAUUGUGAAUUAUAUAUAUCAUUUGUGUCUUGUGAAUUUAAUAUACUAUAUUAAAUUUAAAAAAAAAAUUAACUAUAUAUCUUUUAAAUAAAUAUAAAUGUUAUUAUGUGAAUUUGUAAAAUUUGUUUGUGAAUGGUUUUAACAGUGAAAGAAAAAAAUAAAAAAAAAAAAAAAUUAUUUCAAAUAUAUACGGAUUACAAUAUUGGAGUGCGAUAACAAGUUUAUCGUUUUUAUUGAUAAAACAGAGAAGAUAUUUAAAUAAUAGUGAAUUGUGAAAGAAAUAAUAAUAAUUAAAAUAAAUAAAAAGUUAGAGUGGUACGUUAAAGAUAAUAUAGUUGAGUUUAAAAUUACUUUUUGAAAGUUUAAAUAUAACUUGGAUCUUGAUAAAAUGUUAACGUCGAGUGCAAAUCAGUAUCUCCGUCCGGACUAUCUUACACCUUUACCAACCACGUUGGACGCUAAAAAAAGUCCCUUGGCAUUAUUGGCACAAACAUGUAGUCAAAUUGGUGCUGAUCCACCCACUACAAAAUCUCUACUGGCACCAGCCGAAAAAUCAAAUAAAUCAAAGUCCAAUGAAACAAGAGAAAAAUCAUCACCUCACAAUGGUACAGUGGAACAAAUUAAAUCAAGUUUCAAGCCUUAUGAAUCAUGUUUAAGUCGUGAUAAAGCAUCAAGUCCAGAGGAACAACAACGUGCACCAUCAAGUCAUUCAACAUCAGGUCGUUCAAGAACACCUGGAAGUAAUGGAAAACGUUGUUCAAGCAAUCAAAGUGCAUCAUCAACAAGAGCUGUAACACCCCAAGGACGUAAAACAGCAACACCAAAUAAUAAUGAACAAACAACAAGAGAAUCACCAGUAUCAAGAACAAGUAAUGCUAGUAAUACAACAACAACAACAUCAACAACAGCAACGACAAAUGAAACAUCAACAAAUCAAGCAUCUAGAGGAAGUCCUCAACAAUCAAAAUCUGUUUAUAAUUCAAUGAAUUCAGAUUCUGGAAUGAAAGAACAUCAACUAGGUGCAUAUAAACCCUCAACAACAAUACCAUCAUCAGUUGCGUCAUCGGGUUAUCUUGGAUAUCCACAUCAAUUGCCAAUUGACGUUAUGGCAAAUUCAAUAAUGUCACAACAUCAUGCUGCUAUGAAAAAUGGUAUGGGAUCAAAUCCUUAUUUAAGCUAUGCAAGAGUCAAGACAUCAACUGGAUCUGAUACAUUAGUACCAGUAUGUCGUGAUCCUUAUUGUACUGGUUGUCAAUUAAAUUCUCAUUUUCUUGGUUCAGCUAAUGGAAAAAUACCAAUAUCAUCAGCAUCAUCAUCAUCAACAACAACAACAUCAUCAUGUCCAGCUGGUUGUGUACAAUGUGAUCAUAAAACAAGUAUUGCAAAUCCAUAUGGACAAAUGGGUGCACAUACAAUGGCAACAUCAGCAGCAGCAUAUGCACAUGCACAAUUAGCUGCAUUAGCAGCAGCAUCACAAUUACCAUAUGUUUGUAAUUGGAUUGCUGGUGAUACAGCAUAUUGUGGAAAAAGAUUUUCAUCAUCAGAUGAAUUAUUACAACAUCUUAGAAGUCAUACAAGUGUAUCGGGUGAUCCAAAUGCAACAGCAGCAGCAUUAUCAAUGUUACCUGGAUUACCACCAACACAUCCAUUAUUAUCAAGAUCUUAUCCAACACCACCAUUGAGUCCAUUAGCAACAGCACGUUAUCAUCCGUAUGGUAAACCAUCACCAUUAUUUCCACAUUCAUUAUCAUCACUUGGUCUUGGUUUACCAUCACAUCCACAUUCAGCGGCAGCAGCAGCAGCUGCAGCCGCUGGUUUAUCACCAUAUUUUUCACCUUAUUCAUUGUAUGGUGGUCCACGUCUUGGUGCUACAUCUGGUAUGCAUCCUUGAAUGCCAUUUUAAUCAGGAAAUAAUAUAUGCCUGAAUUAUUUUAUAUAUAAAAUACCAACUAUUUAACUGUGAUUUUUUCAAUCUGUAUAUGAAUAUUAUUAUUUUAUUUUUACAUUAACUUUCAUCGUGAUUGAUGAUUAUGUCGACGAAAUUAAAAAUUUACAUUGAUAUAUGUAAAUUUUUUUAUGAAAAAUUAUCGAAUUCAAAUGAAUACUUAUUUGAAUAUAAAUCAAAUUUUAAAUCAGAGAUAUAACAUUACAUUAAUAAAUAGAUUGAAUUUAAACCAACGAGUGAUUCGUAUAUAAUAUUUAUAAAUAUAUAUAUAUUUUUUUUUUCGUUCUGUCUCAACACAUGUAUACUCGGAAUAUUUUGAUGCUUUAUAUGUUGACAAUAUUUAUAUUAAUUGCACUUUAAUCUGCUAUACAUAUAAAGUCUCAAAUUUAUUAUAAAUAAAAAACAAUUACAAAAAACCCACAUACACUUGUCUUAACACCUUAAAUUAUAUUCAUAUCUAAUUCUUUAAUAAUUGUAAUUAAUGUAAAUUUGUCUAUAGUCACUUAUUGCAUUGUAAAAAUUAGUGACAAAUGAAGAAUAAUAAAAAAAUUUAAAAAAAACAAAAAAAAAUAACAAAAAAAUUGAAAAAAUAAAAUAAAAACAAAUAUUAUAUAAAUAAAUAUGAAUAUAUAUUUCAGCGUCUAUUUUUGCGUAACCAAAGUUUUUAGUAUCGAAAAAAAAAAUUGUUCAAUUAUAUCGCGUUUAUUUCUAAACAGACAUAAUAUCAGUUUGAAAAAAAAAGAAUUUUUAAAAUGACAAAAUUAAUUAAAUAAUGAGAAAAAAAAAUUAUAAAAAAACACAUGUAUAAUAAAUUAAUAAUUAAUAAAUAUUAAUGAAUUAUGAAUUUAAAAAAAAAAUAUCGAAAAUAAAUUUUUGUAAAUAUAGAUUUAUUAUUCUUAAUAAUAAAUGUUGGCCCACGGACAUUGUGAAUGCUCCCGUGUGAAAAAAUAAAUAAAACAUGAAUUUGCUCACAAAGUCUGAAACCAUUCAACGAAUAAAUCUUUGUGUAAUAUAAAAAAUUGAUUUUUAAAAUAACGUACUACUUAUAAAAGAAAAAAAAAUCACUAUGAGUUUAUAUUUAAAAAAAAAAAUAUCAAUUUUUAAUUCAAUUAAGAAUUUAAAAGAAAAAAAAUGAAUUGUAAAAUGGUUAGACUUGAUAAGUCGAUGAGUGUACGCCAUAAUGGCUAAUUACAGUAUUCUGGUAAUUGUUUUUAAUAUUGUUAUGUUAAUUUAAAAAAAUGUUUGAACUUUAAUCUAAAAAAAAAAAAAAAAUAAAUACAAAAA